UUUGUUUUGAUUGCAGCUACAAUGCGGCGCCCGUCAGCCGUUUCCUUCUUUUUAUCAAUUUCUCUUUAUACGCGAAAUCGUUUAAGGGAAGACACACCACAAAUGUAAUACAAAACCGAGAUUUGGUGAAAUGGCCUCCUUUCUCAUGGAGGGUAAUGUUACACUGCUCUUGGCAAUACUUUGUAUUGUCUGCUGCACGGGUAUAGAGGGAAAAGGAACCCUACAAGGGGAUCACAUCGUUUUUUCUCCAUUGCGUAAAGGAAGUAACUACACACUGGGGAGAACCAAGAGCGAUUGGUUCCUGUCCAGUUAUGAUUCGGUCGCUGAAGCUGUGGUUUUAUCAUUGAAUUCUUCUCCUCCGUACGAUGCCAUUAAAGAUGGACUGCGAACUCUCCAAGGGAUUAAUAAAUUUACCGCUGGGGACAUCGCGAAAAAGGCAAUUACUGAGAAUCCUCCUUUGACACUUCUGACAUCUGUCUCGCUCAUAAGUGCCUUUGUAAUACCGCUGGUCGGUAUCACGUUUGGCUGCUUUCGGUGCAAGGGACAAUGCGGCGGUGCGCUGAUUGAGGAGGAUCUGGAAUCGAAUCCAAAGAAACGUCGGCAAAUGUUCACAGCGGCGAUUUCCAUUUGCACGGCUAUGAUUAUGAUCGCUGCUUUUUCAAUCAGUCUGAUUAACGACAGGACUGAAAAUGCAGCCCCGGCUUUGGAUUCUCUAUUUAUGGCCUCCAUUGUGGAUAUCGCGAUAUACAAAGAGAAUACGUUAAAUGAAGUAUCUGAAGUAACUGGAGAAAAUAUGAAUUUUACGAUCGGUCUUAUAACCCAGGAACUGAAUUAUUUACCGGUUAAUAUAACAGCACCAGUCAUAAAACGGGCUGACGAUGCCGCAAAAGCAGUUCUGGACAACGUGAAAGAACUGGGAUCAAAGCUUGGAGACCUAAGAGACUCUAUAAAAGACGUGGCAGAUAUUGUUCAGAAUUUACGAAUGCUUGGCCAGAAACUCCGCGAUGGUUUGAGCGAGGUGCGAAAGAACUUGACAGACGCAAAAUCAGAAUGUAACAAUGAUGAGCCGUCCAAAACGGCUGGUGCUUGUGACAAAAUUCCCACUGAGGACCCCUUAGAGGCUGAUGCAGACUUUAAUAAGGUUCCAGGUUUGACUCAGGAGUUGUCAAAGCUUGAAGGAAUCCUUGCUAGAAACGACUUUGAAGCACAAAGCGCCCAGGGACAAAUUAGAUUUAUGUCGAUGACAUCAAAAGUCAACGAGAAGACGCUGGCAGGAAGGGAAGAGAUAACAAAUUUUACCAAGGAACUUCAAGAUUUUGCUGCAAAGAUGGUAAAUACGUUGGGAGACGCUGGCGAUUCGUUACAAACAGAAAUUUUACUGCCAAUGAAAACCGAAGUCCACAGUACAUUCGGUAGAGGAGGACUGUUUAACAGAUACGAUAAAUACAGAUGGAUUACCCUUUUGUCAAUCUCUCUUGCUGUGGUGUUUGUUGUUUUGUUAACAUUCCUGUCUCUCAUAUCUGGAGCUCUUGGUGCCAGUCCUUCGGAUACGCCAAGUACGCGCUCGAACAUUUCAAACUGCGCGGGGAAUGCGCUCAUGUGUGUUGUUGGUCUGUAUUUCUUCAGUUCUUUCUUUCUCAAUCUUAUUCUGGCUGUUACAUUUUACAUCGGAGCCAACGCAACGAUCCUCUGCAAGUCAGCCGCUGACCUUAGCCUGCUAGAAAACACCAUAGACGACCCUUCAACUCUAGGAUACUAUCCCAUAUCCAAGGCAGUGCUGGGAAAUGGAAUCUUGGACAUACGACUGUCUGAUAUACUCAGGCGAUGUGAUCAAAAAGAGACGCCCUGGGAACUACUGAAGAUGGACAGUAAAUUCAAGUUUGAAAAUAUGACAAGCUAUAGAGACAAAAUUCCACCGAUGGACGAAAUUCUGGCUGGAAUAAACAGCAGCAUAACAGAUUUGGAACUUGUGUCAGAUGACACCAGGAAAGCUAUCAAUGAUACAUAUACCUCUGGGGUCCAGGAGAUUGAAUUCUACAAGUUUUCAAUGGAGACAGCAUUGCCUCUCACGAAGAAUAACCUUUCAUUGACCACAUUUGCGAACGAGUUGGGAACAGCGGCUGAUGGUCAAGUGAACUCCGGAAUUGCUGGAAAAUUACGUUCCACCAAAGAUGCUUUGAACAAUUUACAUGACGACACAGUUUUGAUAUCGCAACCGCUGGUGGGCGAGCUAGCUCAGAAAACGCAGACGUUGAUGACGAAAAACAUGAAAGUACUGAACGACGCCAACCAGAUUGACCUUUUCCGCGAAAGGCUGAAAACUGUUCUUGAAAGCGAUGGUUUAGAACUAGCCAAUGAGGCAGGAAAAAAGUCUUUGAGUCGCACACUUGGAUGGAUGGACGAAUACUUGAAAGACACCAUAGAUAAACUUCGAAAUGAUGUGGGAGACUGUCAACCAAUCAGAAAUGUAUAUGAUGUGUUAGUAUCUGAUGCAUGUGACAAUGCUGUGGCCCUGGUGAAUGCUUUGUGGCUGAGUCUUGGUGUUAUCACUAUGUUUUCGGUAAUAACCAUCAUCCUCUGCGUGCGUCUAGCCAAGCAUCUUCGACGGGCGAAGACUGGUGACGAUGACAUUUAUUCAGAGGAAAGUACAUCUAACUACGGAGUCCCUCUGAGGCUGUUUGAAAAGUUCCCGAAGCUUCCCAAGAAGAAAUUUUCAUGGUCUGAUGACCUUGACAUGGAAAAACCAGUAUUUUACAAGAGACCACACGUCACCCCACGAAUACCAUUAGCGACCGUAACAAGAAAUGCUGUAGUGCCGAUAAUGUUCGAUAUUUAAUAGCGACAAAAUAGCUACGCAUUAGCGAGAAAGACGGUCAAAGGUCAAGAACGAAAGUCCCCCAAUAAGUCUCUUUAGGUCUUCCGCUGUCAGGGAGUUCCCUGCGGUGAAUCCGAUAGUGAAGGCCAGGUUGGAUGAAGGACACCAAUUUUUAUCCCUAAUUUUUCUCUAUUUUUAUAUUUAUAUUGUAGUGGAAGUGUUAUUUUAUAUCAUAUACGUUGAAAUAAAAAACUGGUGCUUUGACCCAGUUGAUCAGU